GCAGAACUCUGCGUACGCCGUUUGCGUAGGGUCGCCGUUUUGCUUCCCGGUCAGCCGGAGAGAGAAGAGCGACGAAGGCGGCGGACGACAGCGCAGCGCUCACCAUGGCUGGAGCCGUCCAGUAACUCCAGAGCAUCUCGGACACGUCCGCAGUCAAGUGCUUUAUAGGAACGUCACUCUCACACUGAGCUCCCAGACUCCGGAUUUGGGUCAGUCGCCAAGAGGGAGCCUGAGAGAGAGGAGCAGACUGAAGAAAACAUGCCUCCCAAAUUCAAGCGGCACCUCAACGACGAUGAAGUCACAGGCUCCGUGCGCAGUGAGAGGAGGAACCUACUUGAGGAAGACUCUGAUGAAGAGGAGGACUUUUUCCUGAGAGGGCCGACAGGACCCAAAUUUGGACCAAAAAAUGACAAAAUUAGACAAGUCCAGAACCAAGUGGACGAGGUGAUCGACGUCAUGCAGGAGAACAUCUCCAAAGUCAUCGAGAGGGGUGAGCGUUUGGACGACCUGCAGGACAAGUCGGAGAGCCUGUCUGACAACGCCUCCGCCUUCAGCAGCCGAGCCAAACAGCUCCACCGCAGGAUGUGGUGGAGAGACACCAAGAUGAAAGCCAUCAUCGCACUGGUGAUCGUCGUUCUCCUGCUCAUCAUCAUCAUUCCUAUCAUCCUUCGGUACCACUAGCGUGUGGCGGAGAGGCCGGACCGCACGGGAGACUCAACGCACCCCCUCACAUCCUGACAUCCCAGCUCCCGUGCUCGCUCCCCCGCCACCUCUAGGGGGCACUCUCACUCUCCGCAGACGAGCGCCGCGUCUGAUUCUGGGGGCAGGGUGACACUGAGCUGCUCUGAGAGAGUUUGGCUUUUUGUUACCGCUGCGUUUGUGGCGGUACUGGACAAAACACACACACACACUUGCAUAAGCAGGCUGAAAUGACACCUGCCUGUCACACAGAAGGCCCCCACUGACUGUGGCCGGUAGAGCUGCAGUCGAUGACCCACCCCUUACAGAUCCCACCACAUCGACAGACCAUACAGUACCCCCCU